CAUGGCGAAUGACACUCGCGCUUUCUGUCAGUAGGCGAAAUGACGCGCCGGAGAGCGUUUCCGUUCGCGUUUUUGUCAGCGUUGGUGUUCUGCCUGACACUUCAACAAGUCACUUCAACUGAAACUAUUGAAAAUAAGAGCGUUACUGAGAAAGAGCAACCACUGGGUUGCAUCGAGUGUGGAUAUUACAGGUGUCCGGAGAACCCUGCAAAAUGCUUGUUGGGAUCGGUACCUGACCCUUGCGAAUGCUGCCCGGAUGGAUUGUGCGCCCGUUUCCUUGGCGAACCAUGCUGGAAUUCGAGCAUCCCUCUUCUGUCUCCAAAGAACCGUAACAAUGGAUACUGCGCAAGAAAUUAUCUGUGCGAGUUGCGAUCUGACUUACAAGAAGAGGAUGCUCCUGAGGCAACCUGCGUCUGUAUGGAACAAAGCCCUGCGUGUGGUAGCAAUAACGAAACUUACGCGACGCCAUGCGCGCUGCACGAGGAGGCGAUGAAACUCAGAAACUCAUCUUCCUUGAGGUUGCAACAUCUCGGUCCUUGUGAGAGUAGACCUUGGAUUCUGUCAACUCUGGAAGACGUUGCUUCGCCUUUCGGUCAACGUGUCGCACUAAAUUGCGAGGCAAAGGGAUUUCCAGUGCCAGAUAUUUUUUGGGAAUUUCACUCAGCUGAUGGGAGAAGAAUAUUGAAACUGCCGGGAAAGGAACAUGAGGCAACGGUACAUACGAGCGACGGUCCAGAACCGCUUAUGCGAACAUCUUGGAUGCAAUUGAGUCGGCUAAACAAAGAACAUAUUGGAAUAUAUCAUUGCAUUGCUAACAAUUCCAUAGGCGAAGCAAGCGCGACUUCAUUCGUGUCCAUGUCAUAAGAUAUUCAUACGCUUGUAUUUCGUGAUAAUGUUUUAUAUUGCACAGGAAUAUAAUUUGUAAAAAAAAAAACUUACUUCUGGUAUUCAGAAAGUAUAUUUUUUUAACAAACAGAUAUUUUUUUAACAAACAGAUAUAUGAAUAAUUUUUUUUUAUAGAUAAUUCUAAGAUUGAAUAGGUUUCAUCAAAAUAAACGGCAGUAGACUUU